UGCGCGCUCGUAUUGGUACCAUAGUUACGGUUGGGCUUUAUAUAUAUAUAUAUCAGUGUAAUAAAAUGUAUAUUAAUAAUUGUGCUUAUCAUACAUAAUAAGCAGUUUAAAUUAAGAAUAUAUUAGGCCAGGAUGCGAGGAUAUUGACAAUUAGCUUAGAGUGGAACUACAUAUUGACAGUGAAUGCGUUAAGUAGGACGGAAAUAGUCGGUGCACCACGGCUACAUUCAAGGUCUAAAAUAAAUCAACCUUUUACAGUUUGUAGCUAAUCUGUUCGGCUACACGAGCAGAUUAUACGUGUUUCAAUCCAUACCGGGGUGUUUAAACAUGACUUGAUUAUUUAGUUUAUUUUAUUAAUUAAUUUAAGAACAGAAGUCGGUGAAAUAUCCAUCUGUUGGUACAACACGACCACAUGAAUCGUCCACGUCACGACUGAAAUGUCUCUGCCAAAGAUGGCACGCCUGCCCUCAGUGAGGCUGCUGAGCUCCAUCCAGCAGCAGCUGCUCCCCUCCAUCGCUCCUCUCACGGAGCCCAGAAGAGCUGCGAGUCGGUAUGAAUACAGACGACCCGGCGAGCCCAAAAAAGACAAAUAUCCAUUUCAGCCGGUCAACUUUAGCUUCUCGAAGGGUUUGGAGGGCAUAAAGAAGCAUUUCGCCCUGCUGAAGAAGGAGGUUACUGACCGCUGGGUCGGGCCAGAAGGCAAACCCCUCCUGGAGCACAUGUUGGAGCAGAACCAGGUGUUAUGGGAGUUCAGAGGUCCAGAGAGCCUGAAGCAGUGGACGGUGUCCUCGGAUCAUGAGAUAGGAGGCCAAAGUGAAGCUCACUUAAAGCUUGGCAGAAACAACGAUACCUGUUUUCUGUACGGGACUCUGAGCUCUACUCCUCCGAGAGACGGAGAAACGCGCUACAGUGGCUACUGCACCAUGCGCUCUCAGCAACCACUGCGUUCAUUCGAUCGGAAAAAACACUUCGAUUGGUCCAAUUUCAACACUCUGCACCUGCGCGUGCGCGGAGACGGCCGUCCCUGGAUGAUCAAUCUCGCCACAGAAACAUACUUCUCUCACCAGGGCGACGACAUGUACAAUUAUUUCCUGUACACCAGGGGAGGCCCCUACUGGCAGGAAGUCAAGAUACCAUUCUCCAAGUUCUUCCUCACGUCCCGCGGGAGGAUACAGGACAGCCAGCAUUGCGUCUGGCUGGACAAGGUGAACACCAUUGGAUUUACUUUGGGGGAUAAAGCCGACGGUCCCCUUCCAGCUGGAGAUCGAUUUCAUUGGCGCCAGCAAAGACUACGCUCACAUUGAGGAGUUUGCCUACGAGCAGUACAAGAGGAAUCCUGAAGUUUGAGGGAAACCCGUUGGUGAAUAAUGUCGGCGUUAUACCGAAGCUACCAAUAAACAAACGUACGUCAGUCACACGCCAUCAUCCCAACACGUUGUAAGACGUGUAUGUGGAUGACACGGUACCUGACACCGGCUGGUUCUAAGAAUGUCAUCAUGUGGAGGAGACGUGACCUCCCCAGGACAUCUACAGGUGAUAUAAUAACACGUCUUCAGUGCGGCGUGUGACACGUGCAGAUGAAGUCAAGCAACCAAUAAAAAUACUUGUCGUGUAAAUUCUGAAA